UAGUGAAUAAAUUCGUUAUCGUGAAAACGCAAAUUGAAAAAUCAAAUAAACGGAAUCACAGAAAGCUCAAUGCCACAACAGCUAAAGCAAAAAGAGAACAAUAUCAGCAAACAGAGUCGGCAUUUUCACACUGCCUUUUCUUUGUAUGGUUUUGCAAUAUCGUUCAUAUCCCGUCCUCAUCACUUAUCACCAACAUGAUCCUUAUCAGUACAGAUUCCAGAGCCUACUCUGACCAAGACGAGUAUUCUACAAUGGCCCACGCCCACCCAAACCAGAAUAAAAACGGACGAUAUAGUUUCAGUGGCAGUAUAAAAGCAGGCCAAUAAAUAGGUGCAGACCCAAACAACCUCUACAACUGUGACAAUGGAUAACCGGUAUAAUCACAACGGUGGCAAUCCUUACCUCCAGAUUGCACCGGUGUAUGCUAAUGGAUACGGCCCAUAUGGCAAUGGCGGACGACCGAUAAGUAGGAUAUGCGAUGUGUUGAAUCGAUGUGGAAAAAGAGUGGAUGACGUUACUAGGAAAGUUGAGAUCUAUGCUGAUAACGUCUGGCAUCAUCUGAAAGUUAGUGCCAGUUUAACAGAUGCAGCAAUGGCAAGGAUUGCUCAAGGGACAAAGGUGCUUACUGAAGGAGGCCAUGAUAAAGUAUUCCAGCAGACUUUUGGGUACUUGCAUGGAGAGAAACUACUCAACGCCUAUGUUUGCUAUCUAUCAACAUCCUCUGGCCCUGUGAUUGGGACACUUUAUGUAUCCAGUAAACGAGUGACUUUUUGCAGUGAUUAUCCCUUCUGUUAUUAUGCUUCUAAUGGACAGCAACAAUGGAUGUAUUAUAAGGUGGUGGUGCAGCUUGACAAGUUGAGAACAGUGAAUCCUUCAUCAAGUAGAACGGACUCUUCUGAAAGAUAUAUACAAAUUGUAACAACAGAUGGUCAUGAGUUCUGGUUUAUGGGAUUCAUAUCAUAUGACAAAGCGCUUAAUCAGUUAACUGAGGCUUUACAGCGCUCUCGUGGCUCUUCUGGUGGAAUCUUUGCUACUGUGGCAUAGAUAUAGGGCUUGUACUCUCUCCACCUCUCCUUAAAAUCGCUAAUGGUAUGACAAAAGAAUGCUCUAGGAUAGAAUGUACUGUAAUAAUUUAGGUGUGUGGUCAUCCAUGAAUGUUGAGCUGUAAUGUAACUAACGUUGUUGAAUGCUUCAGUGGGUUGAGAAUCUGCUUAUGCAAUGGUCUGGCGAGUACAACACAGAACAUAUAAAUGUUCUGGUAUAACAAAGUAACAAACUCCUGUGCUUGCCCAAUUGGUCAUUUUUGGCAUGAAGCAUGUGAAAUAGAAAUACUCAACUCGGUGGUUUUCCUUCUUAUUAAUUAAUGACUUAUUUUCAUGCUUGA